AUAAUAUAAAAAUAUUCGAUUAGACGAAUCGAACAAGAUUCUAAUAAAGUGAUGUUAUUGCCAAAAAGGAAAAUGGUGCAAAAUGAGUGGACAAACUAAAAUGGAAAGAGGUGCAAAAUUGAGAGGGAUGGAAAGAAUAUUUUUUACACGUUAGCCGUGAUAUAUAAGAUUAGUUUGAAAGAUGAAUAAUUCCCUUAACCGCCGUAAUAUAGCAAGCAUUUUAGAACAAGGAAAAUAAUAAUUAAUUGAGAGAGGAAUUCAAGAUCCAGUUGGUGAUUUUUUUAAUGAGUACAUUAUAUCAUAAUUAACAUGUAUCAACAUGGGUGAGGGCCCUUUUCCACUUUGGAGGAGACUUGUUCUUAUUCUUAUUUAAUGUUGUUUCCUAGAAAUUUUUGAUGAAGACUUGAUCAACAACAGGUUCCUUGUACUAGUUUAAUGGUUGUUGUUGUUUGACUAGUCAACCUUUGUCAAUGUUGCAUCAAACUUCAAAUUGAAUUGCUUUGCUUUGCUUAUUGAUUUUCAACUUCUGUGAGUUGUGGACUUGUUACUGUUUAUGUCUUUAUCAGGCUGCCCUGGGAAAUUUGUCUUGCAAAAUUUCUUGUCCUGAUUUGUUGUUGAUUCGAAACCUUAUUUAGAUCUUGUAAGGUAUAUUCAUCUAUUGCUAGAAUGGUGUAUAGGAGGACUCUUGUCGUGUAGCUAGCUUCGUUCUAGCUUCCAGGGCUGUUUAGUUGGCGGGUUUUUGGUCAGGGAGACAGCUCUUAAGUGGCAACGCGAGGUUUUGGUAGCUGCGAUUUCCAACAAUGACAUCCUCGAGUAAGGGAGAUAAGAAAGCUGUUCUCGAUGUUGGGGCGUGGCUGUUUAAUAUCGUCACUUCGGUGGGGAUCAUCAUCGUUAACAAGGCUUUAAUGGCAAGAUAUGGUUUCACUUUUGCUACGACAUUGACGGGUCUCCAUUUCUUAACCACCACUUUGAUGACUUCUACAUUCCGUUGGCUAGGCUAUAUUCAGCCGACACAGCUUCCAUUUGUUGACAUUCUAAAGUUUGUUCUUUUUGCAAACUUCUCCAUUGUCGGAAUGAAUGUCAGUCUGAUGUGGAAUUCUGUGGGAUUCUAUCAGAUUGCAAAGCUGAGUAUGAUCCCGGUUUCCUGUUUUCUCGAAGUUGUUCUAGAUAAAGUGCGAUACUCUAGGGAUACUAAGCUUAGUAUUGUGUUAGUCUUAUUGGGGGUUGGAGUCUGUACUGUCACAGACGUAAAUGUCAACGCGAAGGGCUUCAUUUCCGCUUUCGUGGCUGUAUGGAGUACUUCUCUGCAACAAUAUUAUGUACAUCAUCUACAACGUAAGUAUUCCAUCGGUUCCUUCAACCUAUUGGGCCGUACAGCUCCAGUGCAGGCCGCUUCACUGCUGAUUGUAGGACCCUUUUUCGACUACUGGCUCACUGGCCAACGUGUUGAUGCUUAUUCCUACAGUUCAAUCUCUGUCUUCUUUAUAUUACUCUCCUGCACCAUUGCAAUCGGCACUAAUCUCAGCCAGUUCAUCUGCAUCGGUAGAUUUUCUGCCGUGACCUUCCAAGUACUUGGUCAUAUGAAGACCAUUUUCGUGUUGAUCAUGGGAUUUACUUUCUUCGGGAAAGAGGGUCUCAACUGGCAUGUCGUCUUGGGCAUGAUUAUCGCCAUUCUGGGAAUGAUGUGGUAUGGAAAUGCUUCGUCCAAGCCCGGAGGAAAAGAGCGAUGGUCCCCUCCGGUUUCCGAUGUCGAGUCACAUGACGAUCUCGACAAGUUGCUAGGGGCCGAAUCCAAUGCGCCAAACGGAAAGGCAUAGAAAUUAAGUGACUUUUACCGAGAAUUUUCUGAUUAUUUAAAUACGUUUUUUUGUUACAGUCCUUUAAUUUAUUUUUUCUUUAUAGAGUGAAGAUCAAAUGACAAAUAUAUAGCUCGAAUACCUCCAUUGUUAUAUUCUUGCGAAGUUAAAUUCUGUAAACAGUUCAACAAAAAAUCAGUAUGAAUACCAUAAUAGCAAGUGAAUAAUUUUUUCUCCA